AUGGAUAUUGCUAAACAUUCAUAUACUCCAGGAUGCCCAAUUCUUUACUGCUUACAAGAUCUUAUGAGAAUUUGUAGUGAAUCCAGUACUCACUUUGCAACACUUACAGCAAAGAUGUCAAUAGCCUUGGAUAAGUGGCUAGAUGAAUGCCAUGCCCAAUCUCACUUUAUUCCAGCUUUGUUCCGACCUUCUCACCUUGAGCGGAUAAAGAUGAAUGUUAUAAGCACUGAAUGCAGGGACAGAGCCCAUUGAGAGAUCAAGAAUAUUUUCUAUAAGGCUAUCAAGAAAUGCAGGCAGUCAGAAGAAAAAGUUGAUGACAUUCUCCCAUCUUUACUAGACUCUACAUUCAGAUAAGAAGUGUCAGGUCACACGUUAAGCUGAGACAACAACUUAUACAUGAAAAUAUUGCUGCUGGCGGGACAGCACACCUCCUCCACCACCAGUGCCUGGAUGGGCUUUCUUUUGGCCAGAGAUAAACCGCUUCAAGAAAAGUACUACUUAGAACAGAAAGCGGUGUGUGGCGAGGACCUGCCUCCCUUAGCCUAUGAGCACGUUUUGAAGAAUCUGAAUUUGCUUAACUGAUGCAUAAAAGAAACGGUAAGACUGAGACCUCCUAUAAUUACCAUGAUGAAGAUGGUCAAGUAAGUCUCAAUUGUGGCAGGGUACAGCAUUCCUCUAGGGCAUCAGGUGUGUGUUUCUCCUACUGCCAACCAAAGGCUGAAAGACUUCUGGGUAGAACGCUUGGACCAUAAUCUUGACUGCUACUUACAGAAAAAUUCAGCACCAGGAGAGAAGUUUGCUCAUGUGUCAUUUGGAGCUCGUAAGAGGUUUGCUUAUAUUUUAGGUCCCUAUAAGAGUAUCAGCACCCUCAACCAGCAGGAAGUAGCCUAA